CUUCGGGUGCAGGGUGGUGGCGGAGCAGGCCGUGGAGAUGGGCGACACGGAGGCCGCGCAGCGCCACCUCUGCCGCGUCGGCGUCUCGAGGGGGGACGACCCCGUGGGCGGCCUCGGGGAGGCCGGCGGCCGCGGCUUCGGGUUCGGGGGCACGGGGAAGCUCUCCCACCGGGGCAGGUUCUUCGAUUACGGCGCCACGUUCGGGGUCGGGGACACCGUCGUCUGCGCCGUGGACCUCGAUUCCAAGCCCAUGGCCUCGAUUGGGUUCGCCAAGAACGGCGAGUGGCUCGGCAUUGCUCACCACUUUGAUGCCGGCCACAAGGGGCUUGGCCUGGUUGAUGCUCCUGUGAGGCCGAUGCAGUGGGAGUCAGCAAUCUUCCCGCAUGUCCUGCUGAAGAAUGUCGUCGUCGAGAUGCAGUUUAGCAGGGAGGACGGGCUGGAGCCGGUCGACGGCUACGAGCCCUGGACCUCAGCUUUUGCCGAUGGCAACGCGGUAUUCGGGCCUGUGUUUGCUGAACAGAAGGAGUGUGAGGUUAUGAUGAUGGUCGGCCUCCCGGCUUCGGGGAAGACUACUUGGGCAGAGAAGUGUGUCAGGGAACAUCCGGAGAAACGCUUCGUCCUUCUUGGAACUAACCUUGCAUUGGACCAAAUGAAGGUGCCAGGAUUGCUCCGUAAGAACAACUACGGUGAGCGCUUUGACCGUUUGAUGGAUCACGCCACACAGAUUUUCAACACAUUGCUGGACAGAGCCGCAAAGAUCCCCCGCAACUACAUUCUCGACCAAACAAAUGUGUACAAAAGCGCCCGGAUUCGCAAGCUGAGGCCAUUUGCAAACUACUACAAAAUUGCUGUGGUUGUUUUCCCGUCGCCAAGUGAACUCAAUUCCCGGGCAGCAAAACGGUUCCAGGAGAUGGGGAAGGAUGUACCAGCUGAAGCGGUUGAUCAGAUGACAGCCAAUUUUGUCCUGCCACUGUCAAAGGACAUGCCUGGUUCAAAGGAGCCUUUCGAUGAGGUGAUUUUUGUGGAGCUUUCCAGGGAUGAUGCCCAGAGAAACCUAGACGAGAUGAAACGUGUGCUGCCAAGAGCCUCAACUCCCAGCCAUGGCAAUGUCAGUAACCAGAUGGCAGGACCAUCUCCGUUGUCAGGCUUUGAACCACCAAUGAACUACUCAUAUGGACAAGGUGUGCAUGCUCCCGGUGCGCCGGCUGGCUACUCAAAUGCUCCAUAUCAGACCCAGCCCAGCUACUCGAAUGCCCCAUAUCAGCAACAGACAUAUGCAAGCUACCCGAAUCCGAGCUAUCCAAACACCGCAGAUCAGCAUCAAGUUCAUGCAAGCUACCCAAGCACCGCAGACCAGCAUCAAGUUCACACAAGCUACACGAGCACCGCGAACCAACAUCAAGCCUACGGAAGCUACGCAAGCACCGCGAACCAACAUCAAGCCUACGGAAGCUACGCAAGCGCCCCGCUUCCUGGAUAUGGAUCACCAAAUGCAUAUGGUUCCCAAGGGUACCCAAGUCCAUACAGCAGCCCUGAUUACGCGACGAGCCUCUACCAGACUCCUGAGCCAGCGGGAGACUACAUGGGAUCCGGCUAUGGGCCUGCAGCCCCAGUCCAUGCCCAGACAUCCGGCUACGUACCUGCAGCCCCAGUCCAUGCCCAGCCAUUGCCUCCAGCUGUUCAUCAGCGUCAUGAUGGUGCUUCCUCAUGGAGCCCUGGCAGUUACGGACCCUAUGGACAGCAGCCUCUUGAUGCGCGCUACACAAACACGAGGUCGCAGUACGGUGCUGCAGUCCCCAUGCCGCCUCCGAACGGAGCUCUUCUGCAUCCAGUUCCUGGGCCGCCGCCUUCGGCACCUCCCCCUCCUCCCUACUACAUGAAUGCACAGCCAGGCCGUUGGUAGGGAGUGCUGGAGCUCCGGGUGUCAAGAGGAUACCAGAGAAGAUUAGAAAACUGUUUCUAGAAUCGUGACAUUCUGUAUAGUUUUGCACGUAUGUGAAGAUGGCCUUUCCUGGAUUAUCAGCAUUGUUUUCCUAAUUGCUCGAGAAAAAUGAUUCCCUGGUCACUUUCUGUUCAA